GAGCGCGCGGAGGAGCAGCUCCAGGCAUUCCCACCUCAGCAUGUUGACCUAAAUCAAAAAUGGACAACAGGACCAACAGCAGCUUGGGUCUACCGGACUACUUCCUGUCUGGCGACGUCCUGGACUACGAGAUUCCUCUGGACGAGAUCCCGGACACCACCCAGGGCCGAGCCUUCUUCGUGGCCACCAUCGUCAUCGCGGUGGUUCUGGUGGGCAUCAUGCUGGUUUGUGGCGUGGGAAACUGUCUGUUCAUCGCCAGCCUCGCUCGCUACAAGCAGCUCCGAAAUCUCACCAACCUGUUGAUCGCUAACCUGGCUGUUUCGGACGUGUUGGUGGCGACCGUUUGUUGCCCGUUUCUGCUCGACUACUACGUGGUGAAGCAGCUGUCCUGGGAUCACGGGCUUCUUCUCUGCGCCGCCACAAACUACCUGCGCACCGUCUCCCUCUACGUAUCCACUAACGCUCUGCUGGCCAUCGCUGUGGACAGGUACAUGGCCAUCCUCUACCCUCUGAGGCCUCGUAUGAAGCACCAGACGGCGUACUGCGUGAUCCUGACCGUCUGGAUCGUCCCCAUCUUCAUCUCCAUCCCCUCCGCCUUGAUGUUCUCUGAGACCAAGUACCCCCACAAGGAGGGUCGUUCCCACAAGACCUUCUGCGCUCAGAUCUGGCCCGUGGACCAGCAGCUUUACUACCGCUCCUACUUCCUGCUCAUCUUCGCCCUGGAGUUCAUGGUCCCGGUAACCGUCAUGGCCGUCUGCUACAUCCAGAUCUCCAGGGAGCUUUGGUUCAAAGACGUUCCCGGUUUCCAGACGCAGCAGAUCCAGAAGCGGCUGCAGAGUCGACGGAGGACGGUGGUGGUUCUGAUUCUGGUGCUGGUCGCCUACAUCCUGUGUUGGGCGCCAUAUUACGGUUACGCCCUACUGAGGGACUUUUACCCCACCCUUAUAUCCAGGGACAGGAACUCCUUAGUGGUCUUCUACAUCAUCGAGUGCCUCGCGAUGAGCAACGGGGUCAUCAACACCCUCUGCUUUAUGAGCGUACGAAAAAACACCAAGCGUCUGAAGAAGGCGGGAAAGUUCCCCCUGAGGCUGGUGACUUUCGUUCCGGCAAAGUCUUCGGUCGAAACCGAGACACGGACUUUGUCUCUCCGAGUGACGGACGACACGGAGGGAGGGAGGCUGAAGUCAAAAUAUAGGACAUAGGACGUCAAAUAUAGGGCUGUUUUAACAGCACACUGGAUAAGAUAAGAUAGGACUCUAUUUAUCCCGAAGGAAAUUGUUGUGCCAAAGUUACAAAAAUACAAUAAACACAGCAGCAUUAUAAUAAUACAACUGUACACUAACAGUGCAGUAAAAGAGCAAUUAAAUAACUACAAGAUCUGCUUAAACAUCCAGAAUCUCAUCAAAGAGGCGCCAACAUGGCAUCAUUCAAAGUCGUAUCGUCCAAUCGGGAGAUGGAGGCACUUCCAAGUACAAAAGCAUCUGAGAUGUCAUUAUAAACUGUUUGGAAAAGGCACUCAAGUAAAAAAUACUUGGCAGGUGAUUGGAUGAAUCAAUUGUCAGUCAAACUCUUGAGAAAGUCCACUAGGAGAAGAUUAAAAACCGUCUUCUUCAUCGAGGAAAGCCUUCAGUGCCAUUCUUUGAUCUUCUUUCGAUGAAAACAUACCAUCACUGUUGUUUUGAAGGAACAGCCGCCUCUCUGUGUUGCGUCACACAAAAACAAUUGCUGCUCUAUAGAUCCUCACAGGCAUUAAAUAAUCAGUUGCAUUCAUUUCUUAUGGCUCUAUCUGCAGCUUUUCCAGAGUCAUUUCUUAUGAUUACAUUUUCCCACAGGCCAACAACAGCUUCAAAAAACUAUUUCCCUCAAAGAAAAAAACCAAUCAUGCCCUGUUGUCGCAAGAAAA